CAGGGCCGGGCCGGGAGCACCUGGCACAGCUGCUCGCCCAUGGCGCUGGUUGAACUGUACACGCAGUACAACAGGGUUUGGAUUCCUGAUAGUGAAGAAGUUUGGCAGUCGGCAGAAAUCACAAAGGACUACAGAACUGGAGAGCGUGUGCUUCACCUACGAUUGGAAGAUGGAACUGAAUUGGCUUACUCUGUUGAUCCGACAGCCUUGCCACCUCUGCGAAAUCCUGACAUACUCGUUGGUGAAAAUGACCUCACUGCGCUUAGCUAUCUCCAUGACCCUGCUGUUUUACACAACCUUAAAGUUCGUUUUGUGGAGUCUAAGCUUAUCUACACGUAUAGUGGAAUCAUUCUGGUUGCAAUGAACCCCUACAAACAAUUACCAAUUUAUGGAGAUGCUAUUAUCCAUGCAUAUAGUGGGCAAAACAUGGGGGACAUGGAUCCACACAUAUUUGCUGUGGCAGAAGAGGCUUACAAGCAAAUGGCAAGAAAUAACAAAAAUCAGUCCAUUAUAGUCAGUGGAGAAUCAGGAGCUGGAAAGACUGUGUCUGCUCGGUAUGCUAUGAGGUAUUUUGCCAUGGUCAGUAAGUCAAGCAGCAAUGCACAUGUUGAGGAUAAAGUAUUGGCUUCCAACCCAAUAACAGAGGCUGUGGGUAAUGCAAAAACAACACGCAAUGACAACAGUAGUCGGUUUGGGAAGUAUACUGAAAUCAGCUUUGAUCGCAGGCAUCAGAUCAUUGGAGCAAAUAUGAGGACGUAUCUACUUGAGAAAUCCAGGGUUGUUUUUCAAUCAGAGAAUGAAAGAAACUACCACAUAUUCUAUCAGUUGUGUGCAUCUGCUCUGCAACCAGAAUUUAAGCCUCUUAAAUUGGGGAGUGCAGAAGAAUUUAAUUAUACACGAAUGGGUGGCAAUACUGUUAUUGAGGGAGUCGAUGACAGAGCAGACAUGAUGGAAACUCGGAAAACGUUCACUCUUCUAGGUCUGAAGGAAGAUUUUCAGAUGGAUGUUUUUAAGUUACUGGCAGCAAUCCUGCACUUAGGCAAUGUGCAAAUAAUGGCUGUUGGUGAUGACAGAUCAUCAGUCAGUCUGGAAGAUAAACAUCUUGAUAUAUUCUGUGAACUUCUGGAUUUAGAUAGUGAACCAAUGGCACAGUGGUUGUGCCAACGAAAGAUUAUCACUUCCUCAGAGACUGUAAUAAAGCCAAUGACAAAACUACAAGCUCUUAAUGCCAGGGAUGCAUUGGCAAAGAAAAUCUAUUCUCACUUGUUUGACUACAUUGUGGAAAGAAUUAACCAAGCCUUGCAGUUUACUGGGAAGCAGCACACUUUUAUCGGCGUCCUAGACAUUUAUGGCUUUGAAACUUUUGAUGUGAACAGUUUUGAACAAUUUUGUAUCAAUUAUGCUAAUGAAAAACUACAACAGCAAUUUAACCUGCAUGUCUUUAAACUUGAACAAGAGGAGUAUAUGAAGGAAGAUAUCCCAUGGACCCUAAUAGAUUUUUAUGACAAUCAACCAGCCAUUGACCUUAUUGAAGCUAAAAUGGGAAUAUUGGAGCUGCUAGAUGAAGAGUGCUUGUUACCUCAGGGAACAGAUGAGAAUUGGCUUCAAAAGCUGUAUAAUAAUUUUAUCAACAAGAACCCACUCUUUCAAAAGCCAAGAAUGUCAAACACAUCUUUUAUCAUCCAGCACUUUGCUGAUAAGGUAGAAUAUAAAUGUGAAGGUUUUUUGGAAAAAAACAGAGAUACAGUCUAUGAAGUUUUAAUUGAAAUUUUGAAAAGCAGCAAGUUUCAUCUCUGUGCAAACUUUUUUAAAGACAAUCCAGCACCCAUUUCACGCUUUGGUUCAGCUAUCAAAGUCAAACCUGCAAGACCAGUGGUCAAGGCCCCUAACAAACAGUUUCGGACAACAGUUGGCAAUAAGUUCCGCAGUUCUUUGUAUUUGCUUAUGGAGACACUUAAUGCAACCACGCCUCACUAUGUCCGAUGCAUAAAGCCAAAUGAUGAAAAGAUGCCAUUUGAGUUUGACUCCAAGCGGGUGGCUCAGCAGCUUCGAGCGUGUGGUGUUCUGGAAACUAUUCGAAUUAGUGCACAGAGCUAUCCUUCCAGGUGGACAUACAUAGAGUUUUUCAGCCGUUAUAGCAUUCUCAUGAUGCAGCUUGAACUCUCACUAAGUGACAAGAAAAAGGUUUGCAGAACUGUUUUGCAGCGGCUAAUCCAGGAUCCUAACCAGUAUCAGUUUGGGCGAACAAAAAUUUUCUUUAGAGCAGGGCAGGUUGCUUAUUUAGAAAAACUACGGGCAGACAAACUGAGGCAAGCAUGCAUCAUGAUCCAAAAGAAUGUCCGAGGCUGGCUGCAGCGGAAGAAAUUCCUCCAUGUCAGACGAGCGACUAUUAUAAUACAGCAGUACUUCCGUGGACAGCGGACUGUACGGCAAGCCAUAACUGCUACAGCCCUAAAGCAAACAUGGGCAGCUAUAGUCAUUCAGAAGUACUGUCGAGGAUACCUUGUCCGUAAACUUUGUCAGCUCAUCCAUGUGGCUGCUGUAACAAUUCAAGCUUAUACACGAGGAUUUUUAGCAAGGAAAAAAUACCGAAAGAUGCUCAAAGAACACAAGGCAGUUAUCCUUCAGAAGUAUGCCCGUGCCUGGCUUGCAAGGCGUAGAUUUCAAAACAUUCGGCGGUUUGUUUUGAAUAUUCAACUUUCAUACAGGGUUCAGCGAUUACAGAAGAAACUAGAGGACCAGAACAAAGAAAAUCAUGGCUUACUGGAGAAAUUGACCAGCCUAGCUUCAACUCAUGCACAUGACCUAGAUACAAUCCAGAAACUUGAAUUAGAACUUGAAAAAUUAACCACACAAAAAAAAAUCUCCGAGGAUAAAGGGAAGAAAUACAAGGAUGACAAGGAACAGAAAAUCUCAAAACUUGAGAAACAAGCUAAAGAAUUACACGAAGAGAAAGAAGUUUUACAAGCGAAGCUCCAAGAGAAAACAGAGGAAAUGAAAGAUAAAAUGGAUGACCUUACCAGACAACUCUUUGCUGAUGUACAAAAAGAAGAAAGACAAAGAAUAAUACUAGAGAAAAACUUCCAAAAUCAGAAGCAAGACUAUGAAAAAGAGAUUGAAUCACUGAAGGAGGAAAUUAAGACUCUCAGCAAAGAGAAAAUUCAGCUACAGCAUCAAAUUCAGCAAGAACUUAUUAUUCAGGAAGGCUUAAAAAUGGAAGCAGAACAGCUUACAAAACAGUUACAGAUAAUACCUGAAUUGCAAAAAGAAAUUGAACUCCUUCAGGCACAGAAAAUUGAUGUGGAAAAGCAGGCCCAAUCCCAGAAGCGAGAGAUGAGAGAGAAAAUGUCAGAAGUUGCAAAACAACUCCUUGACAGCUAUGACUUAGAAGAUGUAAGAAGCAGGCUCUCUACAGAAGAUUUGGAACAUUUAAAUGAAGAUGGAGAAAUUUGGUUUGCUUACGAGGGCCUGAAAAAAGCAACAAGAGUGUUGGAAAGUCAUUUCCAGUCUCAGAAAGACAUUUAUGAAAAAGAGAUUGAAGCUUUGAACUUUAAAGUUGAACAUCUCAGUCAAGAAAUUAACCAUUUACAGAAGCUAUUUAGGGAGGAAAACGACAUAAAUGACAGUAUUCAACUCGAAGUCAGCAGGCUAACAUCAGAAAACAUGGUGAUCCCAGACCUUAAACAGCAGAUUUCUGAACUGCAAAACCAAAAGAUGGAUCUUGAAAACCAUUUUCAAGAACAGACUGCAAAGAUGAAAGGAAAAAUGGAAGGAAUAUCUGAUCAGUUGCAUCAUAAUCUAUCAAAGGAAGGAACCCCAAGGAGAAAACUGGAAGCUGAGAAUGAAAUAUACACAAAAGAAAAAGAAAAGUUGAUUGCCACAAGCCAAGAAAUUCAGGAGACAAACGAUCACUUAAAGAAACAACAUGGAAAUGAAAUAAAGAGGCAGGAGGCAUCUCGCCUUGCUGUGGAAAACAUGGAGCUUGAAGAAAAGCUAGACAUGAAAGACAGGAUGAUAAAGAAACUGGAGGAUCAGAUCAAGACUCUUACCAAAACUAUUGAAAAGGCCAAUGAACUGCAUGUGCCAGCAGCACCUAAAGAAUACAUUGGAAUGAUGGAAUACAAAAAGGAAGAUGAAGGAAGAAUUGUUCAAAAUCUAAUUCUUGAUCUAAAGCCACGUGGUGUGGUAGUAAAUAUGAUACCAGGUCUUCCAGCUCACAUCCUAUUUAUGUGUGUGAGAUAUGCAGACUAUCUCAAUGAUGCUGAUAUGCUGAAAUCUUUCAUGAACAUAACCAUUAAUGGGAUCAAGCAAGUUAUUAAGGAACAUAUUGAAGAUUUUGAAAUGGUGUCUUUUUGGCUGUCCAAUACAUACUAUUUUCUUAACAGUCUGAAACAGUAUAGUGGGGAAGAGGAGUUCAUGAAGCACAACACUCCCCGUCAGAAUAAGAACUGUUUGAAGCAUUUUGAUCUUUCAGAGUACAGACAGAUACUUAGUGACUUGGCCAUUCAUAUCUAUCACCAGUUCAUCAUUGUAAUGGAGAACAACAUUCAGCCAAUGAUAGUGCCAGGCAUGCUUGAAUAUGAAAGUCUUCAGGGAAUUUCUGGCUUAAAACCAACAGGAUUCCGUAAACGUUCUUCUAGUAUAGAUGACACAGAUGCCUACACAAUGACUUCUAUCCUGCAACAACUCAGCUAUUUUUAUAGCACAAUGUGCCAGAAUGGCUUGGACUCUGAGCUUCUAAAGCAGGCAGUGAAACAGCUUUUCUUUCUCAUUGGAGCUGUCACCCUCAAUAGUCUCUUCCUCCGCAAGGACAUGUGCUCUUGUAGGAAAGGAAUGCAGAUAAGAUGCAAUAUCAGCUACUUAGAAGAAUGGCUUAAAGAAAAGAAUUUGCAGAACAGCACUGCUAAGGAAACCCUGGAGCCUCUCUCUCAGGCAGCCUGGCUCCUUCAGGUCAACAAGAUCACAGAUGAUGAUGCCAAGGAAAUAUGUGAAUGCUGUACAUCCCUGUCCACUGUGCAGAUAGUAAAGAUCCUCAAUUCAUACACUCCUAUAGAUGACUUUGAGAAAAGAGUGGCCCCAUCAUUUGUUCGUAAAGUCCAGGCCAUGCUAAAUAAUCGAGAAGAUAUGCCACAGUUGAUGCUAGACACCAAAUAUCUCUUUCAAGUGACGUUUCCCUUUACCCCCUCUCCAUAUGCACUGGAAACUAUACAAAUCCCCAGUAGUUUCAAACUUGGCUUCCUAACAAGAGUGUAAU